AUGACCACCCGUGGACCUAGCAUCGUGUUUGAGUGGCUGAAGACCCUCCAGCUCUCUCAGUAUGUGGAGUCCUUCGUGGAUAACGGCUAUGAUGAUCUGGAAGUUUGCAAACAAAUUGGGGCCCCCGACCUGGAUGCUAUCGGUGUCUACAUACCGCACCACCGGCGAAGGAUCAACAACGCGGUGCAAAGGCUGAAAGAUGAGGAUGAGGAAGCCGCCGGGCUUUACUUCACACUUGAGCCAAUGCCCACCACCCCCCCCAACCUGUUGGAACAUUACGAGUCCAAACUCUGGGGGUCAAAGUCUUGGACCGAACCGGACAGUGACUGGGUCGGGAGGAAUGGGGGUACAUAUCUGUGUGCGCAAAGGAACCUGAUGCUUGGCAACCGAAGGGAGUUGGCGAUUUACCCCAAAAUGAAGCUGAAGAUCAUGAUUAGGGAUAAAGUCAUCAGAGAUGGCAUCAACAUCGCCAGGCCACCAUACUCAAACAAGGCCCCAGAGUCUGCAACACCACUAAACAAGGGGCACCACCAAGCAAGCGGGACCAUGAAGACCGAGGAGCUCUCCAAACACAUCAGGGACAAAGUUGUGGAGAAGAGGCUGAAGAAAUUUGUCUUGGCCAAUAGCACCUUCACAAACUUCUACAGAUGCACCAUUGAGAGCAUCCUGUCGGGCUUUAGCACCAUCCGCAACUGCAGGGCUCUGGUGUGGUCAGCCAAACACAUCACUGGGGGCACAUAG